CAACAAUGGAUUCGAGAUUUGUAACCUAUUUUGCAUCUGCUAUCAGUGCUUCUGUGCUAGUUACAACUAUAUUCGUUUGCUGGAAUGUUACUCAUGACCUAAACACUCUUCAAGCAAUGUCCGACAGAAACAUGCAAGAUUUCAAGGCAAUCAGUGAUCGCACCUGGGACAAGAUGAUGUUUAAACAACAGUCUUCUCCACCAUCACCAAGUUUAAUCUUUGGAAGAAACAAAAGAUCAGGAGACAAGUGUAAUUGCUCGGAAGAGCCAUCAAACUGUCCAGGAGGGCCUCCAGGACCACCAGGAGAAAAGGGAAAUGAUGGGGUCGAUGGAGUGGAUGGUAUUCCAGGAUUCCCAGGUGAAAAUGGAGGAGCUGCACUGGAUCAGCCAGCUGAUGGGACAUGCAUCAAGUGUCCACCAGGGCCCCGUGGACCACCUGGACCACAAGGAGAGGAGGGACCAUCUGGAGAUGUCGGAGAGGAUGGAGAGCCAGGAGUUCCAGGGAAUGACGGAGCAGAUGGAACACCAGGAAAAUCUGGAGCUCCAGGAGGGAAAGGACCCCAAGGUCCACCGGGAACACCAGGAAGACCAGGUCAGCCAGGAAGAAAGGCUAUUGGAGAGGCAGGGCCAAAGGGUCCACCAGGAGCACCAGGAACCGAUGGACGCCGUGGAGAGAAUGGAACUGAUGGGGAUGAUGGUGUAGAUGGACAACCAGGAGAUGAAGGUGAUGCUGGAAAAGAUGGAACACCGGGAGAACCAGGACCACAAGGAGAACAAGGAACCGAAGGCCAGCCUGGAACCGACGGCGCGUAUUGUCCAUGUCCAGCUAGAAGUAUUUCGAAGGUCGCCAUUCAAUAGAAAACUGUUAAUCAAUUUCCGAAUUCCAAAUAAAAAAUUCGCUAGUCC